UGUACAUUGUAAAAUGGCGUCUGGUAGUGUCAGUGCAACAUUCGAUUAGGAAGUAUUGUUAUGCAUCUGUUCCAGUCGUGUCAAAUUUGUGUUUGUUUACUUUUUUAUUUAAAUUUAUUCUAGAGAGUGCAACUUGUUUAUGUCAAGAACUAAUUAUGACAUAGUAUUUGUGGAGUAAUAAUGAUUCCAUCUAGCGUAUAUGCGCUAUCUGAGAAGUUAUGGCCACUCUUAAUUGUCUGUUUCUUGGUACGAUGUUCUGCAGUGUCUGGAGAUGAAGGUUCCCAGGUGCGAUUAUCCCUAAUCGAAGAGCCAAACAAUGUUGUAGUGACUGAAGGCAGCUCAAAAGUGCUGAAUUGUGCUGCCGUAUCUUCAGACGCCCGACAAACCCCAAUCAUAAAAUGGAGGGUGAACAAUGAUCCUCUCACGUUUAUUGGGGAUUCUCACAGGCGACAGCUGAGUAAUGGAUCUCUACACCUCAUGAAAUUGUUCAGUGAGGAUAAUGAAUACUCAGACGGUGUUGAACAUUAUCAGUGCGUAGCCAGUUUGGAAAAUGUCGGAUCCAUUGUUAGUCAUACAGCAAAAGUUUCACUCGCAAGGGUGCCGAAAUUCAUCAAACAGCCAACCGAUAUACGUGUCUUUCAAGGGCAAACUGCUCACUUCAACUGCCUUGUAGAAUCUAACUCGGAAGUAACUAGGGUAUGGCUGAAAGAUCAAAGACCACUGAGGUGGGAUGAAACACGAAUGUUUAUUCUCCCGUCAGGUUCAUUAGAAAUUGACGAAGUCAGAAGUCAGGAUAGAGGAAUUUAUCAAUGUAAUGUAUCAAACUUGGCUGGAAGACGACUUAGUGAUAAAGCCAUUUUAUCUGUUGAAGAUGACGACUUAGAAUUAUCAAUAAAUUCGAUGACAGUUUUUAUUGCGAAACCACGAGAUACUAUAGCAGUUGUAGGCAGUACAGUAACUCUAGAUUGUGCAGCAAAUGGGAAUCCGCAGCCAUUAUUUGUUUGGUUGAAAAAUGGCGUGAGCUUAGACAUGGCUGAUCUGGACAGCCGAUUUAGACGGGUUGGCACCGGCAGUCUUCAGAUUUCCAGUGUCGAGGAAAGCGAUACUGGGAGCUAUCAAUGCAGAGCCGGUAACAAAGAAGACUCCGUCGAUGCCUUUGCUUCUCUUCGCGUACAAGUGCCUCCAAGUUUCAUUCGGAAACCAGCUGAUAGGACAGCUAGAGAAAAAGAUGAUAUUGAACUAGAUUGCCAAGUUUAUGGUAUACCAGAGCCCAAGGUGCAGUGGUUGAAGAAUGGGGAAGUACUGAAUGUAAACACGGACUACAUGCAACUCGUUAAAGGGAAUAACUUGAAAAUAAUGGGAUUGAUGGCUCAAGAUGCAGGAAUAUUCCAGUGUACUGCCAGUAACCCUGCAGGAAAUAUCCAAGCAUCUGCUCAUCUAACUGUCUUGAAUUUAGGAUAUCCCAGUACUCCUAUCAUUCCUGACCCGCCUUCGUUUACAGAUCCGAUUAGAAAACAGGAAGAAAAUAAAGUUCCUUCAGCGCCCUCUGAUCUGGAGUCGGUCAUAACGGGUGCACGGUUCAUCACAUUGAAAUGGAAACCUCCCAAACACACCAGAGGGGAAAUACUUUGGUAUACCAUCUUCUACAAACCCCAAGAUUCAUCAAGGGAACGAGCCGUAAACACAACUGGAUCAAAGCUGGAAGAAGUUAAUAUACAGGGAUUAUUGCCAGACAGGAGCUAUCACUUCAGAGUUGUAGCUUCGAACGUGGUGGGCUCUGGACUGAGUUCGUCUCCGCUUGUGUUGAGAACUCAACCGGAGGAUCACGUGGAUGUCCCGGGUCCACCCUUGAGACUGACCGCCGUUGCUACGGCACCCAACGAGCUCAGCGUCCAAUGGCAACCUCCCAUGCUCAACAAUGGCCCCGUUCAACGAUAUAAACUGUUUUACAUUGAGGCGGAUUCUUCAGAGCAGCACCAUGUUGUAACACAGCAUACCAAGUACCUACUGACGGGACUGAACAACUAUACAGAGUACAACUUAUGGGUGGUGGCAAUCAACCAGAACGGCCAAGGCAGUAGUGGUGAGGAGAUAUCGGCUCGCACCGUAUCCACUCUGCCUUCAAAGCCACCUCAGAACGUAAUCGUGGAGCCCAACAGCUCUAACAGUGUCAUCGUGAAGUGGGAACCGCCUCCAAAGGACAGUCAGAAUGGUGUCAUAACUGGCUACAAGAUGAAGUACAAGAAGAAGAAAGGAAGCAAGAGAGUGUCUUCGAUUAUUAUCUCGGCCGAUCGAAGGUCGUAUCCUCUCACCAGUCUCGACAGAAGUUCGGCCUACCAAGUGCGUCUAUGGGCCAUGAAUGUGAAUGGAACUGGACCUCCCACUGAUUGGAUCAAUGCCACCACUUAUGAAAACGACCUUGACGAAUCUUCAGUACCAGGACAGCCACAGUCAAUGAAAGUGCAAGCUGGUACGGACUCUCUGAUUGUCAUGUGGAUGCCCCCUGUGAAUCAGAAUAUAAUGGUGCGCGGCUAUACCAUAGGGUGGGGAAAGGGGGUACCCGAUGUGUAUUCACAAGUACUGGAUAGUGAGCAACGUAGAGCUAUUAUCAAACCUCUUGAACCCAAUUCAGAAUACGUGAUCAGUGUUAGAGCGAAUAAUAAUAAGGGUGAUGGAGUGCCUAUAUAUGAGCAUGUCACAACAACCUUGGAAAUUCCGCCUGAACCAAAUGUGCCUCUAAUGCCUCCCGUUGGCCUAAAAGCUAUCGUGCUAUCACCAACUGAAGCUAUCAUUCAAUGGAUCGACUCACAGACUAAUCCCUCUGACAAACGUAUCUAUAUCAUCAAGACUGUCGUUCCUCACUCCGCUUCAAAUCCACGUUACAAAUAUUACAAUUCCACUGAAAUGAGCUACGAGAUAGAUGAUCUGAAACCAAGUACACAGUAUGAGUUUACAGUGAAAGUUGUGAAGGGAAGGAAUGAAAGUCCUUGGAGCAUGGUUGUUCAGAACACGACGUUUGAGGCCGUGCCCACGACUCCGCCACGUGAUCUGACCGUUGUGCCUGUCCCAGACAAUCCUACCAUGGUUAAUUUGAAUUGGCAACCACCGAAAACUCCCAACGGACAAAUUAAAGGGUAUAUCGUGUCCUAUACAACCGACUUAUCCAAUCGAGAUACUGACUGGGUUGUUGAAAAUAUAGCUGGAGAUAAAAUGACUGCCACCGUAAAAGGCCUAACGCAUAGUACAACGUAUUAUUUCAAAAUCCAGGCGAAAAACAGUAAGGGGUACAGUCCCACUUCACAAACGACUAACUUUACAACAGGACCAGGCAGUGACACAAGACAUUUCCAUGAAGUUGGAUUGAAUGUUAAAGAUGGAAGAUCAGGACUAAGUAGUACCACAUUGCUCUACAUCCUAGCUGCUUGCUGUCUCUUAUUCAUAUCUGGAGUGGCAAUAGGUAUCGCCAUAGUUUGCUGUAGACGAGUUACUGAUGCACAAGAAAGAAGCAAAAAAGGAUACAUGAAAGGAAACGCUAGCAAACCUGGUCAGAGUAGUAUCAAGCCUCCAGAUUUGUGGAUUCACCAUGAUCAGAUGGAAUUGAAAGCAAUGGAGAAAUCGUCUCAAGGCAGUUUGGAUAUGGGACCUAGAGACAUUGACACAGACUCUGAGCCACCCCCCAGACACCAGCCUACCAAUUCCUUAGAUAAACGCUCCUAUUCCUCGUGUGUUGGAAGUGCAUCCCAGCCUCUGUUAUUGCCUGAAGAGAAAACAUCAACCGCUCGUCGUGUGCUAAAACCCAAGCCAAUUACAUUGCCUGUUGAAACGCAGCCUUUGCGAGAACCUGUGGCCACUGCAACACCUGUGGGAGGACCAGCAUCCACUCAAUCUGCCAUAGAUCCUGCUCGACCUCUGUAUCCAAGAACCCAGUACUCAAUAUCACGGGCACAUGUCACUAUAGAUCCCAAUCUUGAGAACCCAUAUGUGGUACAGAGUGGUAUGGGCGCUUAUGAAAGUGUUCCACAUCCGCCCUCAACUAGUCAGACUUCAAAUUAUGGUGAAGGGGACAACAGCAGCUGCCGGUGGUACGGGUAGCAUUGGCAAAAGGUUACAAGGGCAUCCUCUGAAAAGUUUCAGUGUGCCGGCCCCACCUCCACAAUCCGCUCCUUCUACGCCCCAACAGAAACAUGUUGUAACAAUAAACGGCGUUCUCCGGCAACGUUAUUUGAUGGAAUUUAUUCAUGAUGGCGAAAGAUUGUGGGUGGGGUGACCUAUUUGGCCUCAUUCAAGCGGCCGGUGAAUCCCACCCCUGAGGGUGUCAGGAAAACCCUCAGGGAAUGGGUCCUAACUAACGAUGUAUUUGAAGUGACCGACUCCAAUACUUUUGUUAGUAAAAGCUACUAAAGGUUCAAAGAAAGUCAGCAGAGGCAAUGAGUACAGAUUGCAGACUUGGAGGACGAACCGAGACAGGCGGUCGAACUCAGUUCUGCUAGUUAACUGUGGAAGCUGAGAGAAGACAGAGAACCUGAGAAGAAGUUGAAUUAGUAUGCCUACGCCAUUUUGACUGGUUGAGGUGUAAAGUUGGAGCUCUUUGUCUCUUCUCUUCUUUGUUGUCUUGGGGUCGAGUGCAGACCACCUGUCUUGGCUCCUGUGAUUCCUUUGUAUUUUCUACUCAAAUUCUUCCUGUAUCACUGGAUCAGAACAGAUUUAACUGCCUUUUCACUUUUUUGUAACAAUAAACGGCGUUCUCCGGCAACGUUAUUUGAUGGAAUUUAUUCAUGAUGGCGAAAGAUUGUGGGUGGAGUGACCUCUAUUUCUAGCGGCCGGUGAAUCCCACCCCUGAGGGUGUCAGGAAAACCCUCAGGGAAUGGGUCCUAACUAUGGCGGCCGCUGUUAUGAAGGAAAAGGAUGAAAGCAGAGAAGAACCAGCUCCAGAGUGCAGCGCAGUCUGAUGCUGAUGGCAUCUCAGCAGACAGACAUGUGCCACUAAUCAGCUCAUCGCACCGAUUAUGAUGAUAACUUCAUAUAUGAAACCCCUCCCCCUACCCAGUAUCCAUGUGUGUGUGUGUGAAUGAAUAAAACUAUGGUGAAUUAUGUCUUAACAUUAGUCAUAGUUUUGGUUACCUAAAUUUUAAGUGAUAGUUGUUAUAGAUAGUUAGUAAGUUAGUUAGUUUGUUGUAAUAUUUACUUGUAAUAGAUAGUUAUAGUUGGCCAAGCGAAAAUGGGUCUCUCAAGGCCACUGCAAUGUUGCCACUGUUGUCCACCCCUCACUCGACCACUCUAUAUACAUUGACUAUAUUUCUACACCCUGAACAUCACUCUUUCCUUCUCAUACCUUCCCUCUUCCUCUUUUCCGUCACUAUACCUGUCACAGUUAACAUUUGCUUGUAGAAGCAAGCCUGCUGUAUUUCGUAGAGUUGCAGAUAGUGUAAUCAAAUCACAAGAUAGUCACAGCACUACUGGGUCGCUCGGCUGCCCGAGAACGACUCAUUCAACGAUACUAACUGUUAAUUUUUUUAUUAUUCAAACCGUAGCAGAUGUAAUGCCCACUAUUUACAUUAUCUCCUUUUGGGCGAUAUAAAGGAGAUUAUAAAUGAUAUUUAGGAGAUUUAUAAAGGAUAUUUAGUUCCUAUAAGGUUCCCUGACUGGCACUCUGAAAAACGACUAACAUGCUGGGGCGGUCUGGCAGGCCAGCUCAAGCACAAUUGGUGUUCUCACCCAUUGACGCACGCACUCCCCACACCCACAGGGCACUACCAUUUAAACCUACUCAAAGAUAUAUUUUCAUUUAUUCAAAAUACAUUAAGUUGUUUUCUAUCUCAGUAUCUCUUUAAUGAUCUUCUCGGCUGCACCCAUAUUUCAGAUGCCUGUAGUCUACUUUUCUCUGGCCCUGACAGCACCCUGGUUUCACACCCAUAUAGAAGGGUUGGUGCAGCUGUAGUUUUGUAAAAAAAAAUAAAAUUGACAAAAUAAAAUUGAACUUGAGAUAUAAAUAAUUAUUGAACAGUUCCACAUCAGUAUUGAUCAGGAUCUUGGUCUCAAGAAUAUACAGUGUGAUUAAAGUCAGUAGUUGAUAUUCUUCAAAGAGCGGCUUACAGUGAUGCAGUCUGUCAUCUCCCAGUAUUGUUCUUAGGGUCUUGUUUUGUAUGACAAGUAUCCUUUCCAGGUGUAUGACUUGUGCAAUGGCUGUUCACAAGAAACCCCCUUUCCAAGUCGGUCGUCUAGGCCCCCGCUAGAGUAUUUGCUCUGUUGAUUAAGCAAAUCCGAAGCCCUCCGAGCACUCGUGAAUGGCUUUCAAAAGGUUGUUUUGCAGCUUUUGACUGUACACUGGCAAGUUAAGUAGAUUGAAACUGAAAAUUGAAACGAAAACAUUGGCACAAUGGAAUAGGCGGCUAUAGAUUUAUUCAGCCCCAUGCCACAAUGAAUAAUAAAAGAAUUUGAGAAUAAAAAAGAAUUGUACUUUUGAGAAAAAAUUAUUAUACUACCUAUCUAUCUACAUGACUGCAUAUGUGAAGCAUUCAUUUAGAAUUGAAUGACCAAACACUCGAGGUAUGUAACCACCAGGUGCCUGUAGUCUACUUUCCUCUGGCCCUGACAGCACCCUGGUUUCACACCCAUAUAAAAGGGUUGGUGCAGCUGUAGUUUUGUAAAAUUUUUGUCUUCACAUAGAAUUGACAAAAUAUAAUGAAAUCAGAUUUCCCACUGGUAUUUCCUCCUCUGCAUCCUGCAAUUGAAUUGGAACCAGGUUCAAUCGAGUAAUUUAAAAUUGUGCACCGAAUUGCACCCAGCCUGGCUCAGCUGGGGGUCCUCGGCUAUGGCUGAUUGCAGGGCCCCCCACCGGGGGGUCUGGAAUAGCCCCCAGAACGAGAGGGGCCUUCCCUGGAAAAUUUUGUUCAAAUUUCGUCUGUGUUUGGCGUCAAAUCAAAUGCCAUCUUCUGAUCAAUUCAAUGCUUCAUCAUAUAACAACGUUGAGCUAUCACUUCACACGGGAGGUCCAAUGACAGCAAAACUUCCGGAAGUCCUUUGUGCCUUAUGCAGGUCUUAGAUUUUAGGGGGCCCCUUGGCCUCGGGGAUCCCCGACCAGCCUACCUGGCCAGACCGACCCUUUGUCAAAAGCUUCAUAGGACUGUCUUUACUUUCCAAUUUUAAGAGAUCAUAUUUUAAUAAAUUUUAGGAUUAUGUGUUUGUGUUUUUAUGUGUUAAUGUAUUUUAUUUAUGUGUUUGUGUUUUAUGUCUAUGAAUAUUGUAAAUAAACUGUAUAUUGAAUUGAAA